AUGCAUUCAAAAAUCUUGGGCCCGGUUCUCUUUCGUCAACUCUCGCAGCAACUCGCUUUUUCAGCUGUGAGACUCACAUUUACAAGGCAGUUGUGUGCUUUGCGCGCAACUCAGCCAGUCAUCGAAGUGAACGCCACGGCUUCUGCUCGCUGGCGCCAACUUGAUUCCACUUCGGAAGAGUCUGGUUCGCAGUCAGGUCAAAGCGCAAGCUUGUCGGGAUCAAACGUCAUGAGUAGCUCAGAAGAAGUUUCAUGGAUCACUUGGUUCUGCGGGCUUCGGGGGAAUGAAUUCUUUUGUGAGGUCGACGAGGAGUAUAUUCAGGAUCGGUUCAAUUUGACCGGGCUCAAUGAGCAAGUCCCAAAGUAUCGUCAAGCUCUCGACAUGAUUCUAGAUCUUGAACCAGAAGAUGACAUAGAGGAUAACGCCACAAACACUGAUCUAGUUGAGCAAGCUGCUGAAAUGUUAUAUGGAUUGAUUCAUGCGAGAUACAUCCUCACGAAUCGCGGAAUUUCACAGAUGGUCGAAAAGUGGCGUGAUAAUGAUUUCGGAGUGUGCCCCCGAGUCUACUGUGAGAACCAGCCAAUGCUUCCAAUCGGAUUAUCUGAUGUUCCUGGGGAGGCCAUGGUGAAGUUGUAUUGCCCUCGCUGCAACGACGUCUUCGUUCCACGUUCUUCGCGUCAUCAGCACACAGAUGGAAGCUAUUUCGGCACCGGCUUUCCACAUAUGUUGUUCUUCGUGCACCCAGAUCUUCGUCCUCGCCGACCAGUAACUCAAUUCGUUCCAAAACUCUACGGUUUCAAAAUUCACCCAGUUGCUUACGGUGGGCAAGAUGGAAACAGUUCAACGGUAAAUGCAUCCAGUAAUGCUCAGAGUAAUGCUGCUCCUACUGGCCAACCAGCGGGACAAUUCAACAAUUAUGGCCUUUAA